UAACGGUAACAUACGAGUCGAGUUACACUGUCGCGAUAGAAAAUUGUAUGUGCUAUUGAAUAAACGAACAUUUUUGUUAUUUUACAAAUUCGAGUUUCCUCCAAUACCAUAAUUCAUUAUAUGUAGCAAUCCGUUUGAUAUUUGUAGAAAGUGAGAAAGAGAAUGCUAGUGCAAUCUAGUGCAGGAACAGAAAACAGACCUCUAGAGUCAAGUUUUGGAACGCACCCCUGCGAACAGUCCAUAGACGGGAGGGCAGAGAUUUAGAAAGAGACAUCAUCUAACUGCACGCAUCAUGUUAUCCCUUCCAUGACCUAACUCAAAUGGCGAUGUAAAAUAUAAUAAAGUUCUCUCGCGCGACAGUUAUGCUGCACACGUUGCUAUUUCAUAUGAUGGACAAGAUCUCGACAAAAGGGUACAUCUCUACAAUUGUGGCGUGAAAAAGAGAAAGAGAGAGUUGCUGCAGGUACAUUAGGUACAUACAGCUUGGGUGGAGUGCGAAUGCAGGCAUGUCUAUACGAGAUAACUGAAAAUGUUUCGCAGUCGGAGCUGGUUUGGUGGCGGACUUUGGAAGCCCAAAAACCCACAUUCCCCGGAGCAUCUUAAGUACUUAUACAAUGUCUUGUCAAAGAAUCAGACUGUGUCUGAGAACAAUAGAGGUUUGCUGGUCGAAACAUUACGUUCGAUAGCUGAGAUUCUUAUAUGGGGUGAUCAAAAUGAUAGUAGUGUGUUUGAUUUUUUUUUGGAAAAGAACAUGCUUUCGUUUUUUCUGCGCAUUAUGAAGCAAAAAUGUGGGAGCUAUGUAUGCGUUCAAUUGCUUCAAACGUUGAAUAUUUUAUUUGAAAACAUACGUAAUGAGACAUCCUUAUAUUAUCUAUUAAGUAACAAUCAUGUAAAUAGUAUAAUAGUGCACAAAUUUGACUUCAGCGAUGAAGAAGUAAUGGCAUAUUAUAUUAGUUUCCUGAAAACAUUGAGUUUGAAGUUGAAUGCACAUACAAUACAUUUCUUCUAUAAUGAGCAUACCAAUGAUUUCCCACUGUACACAGAAGCGAUCAAAUUUUUCAAUCAUUCAGAAGGUAUGGUGCGUAUAGCUGUAAGAACUUUGACUCUAAAUGUGUAUCGUGUUGAGGAUGCAUCUAUGCUAGCUUUCAUAAGAGAUCGCACUGCUGCGCCAUAUUUCAGUAAUCUCGUAUGGUUUAUCGGUGACCAUAUUAUAGAAUUAGACACUUGUGUCCGAAAUGAUGCCGAUCAUCAAAGUCAAAACAGAUUGUCAGAUUUGGUUGCCGAACAUUUAGAUCAUCUUCAUUAUCUAAAUGAUAUUUUAUGUUUGAAUAUACCAGACUUGAAUAAAGUUUUAUCAGAACAUUUAUUACAUAAACUGUUAGUCCCAUUGUAUGUCUAUUCUCUAAUGAAAUACAAAAACACGUGCCAAACUCAGGAUGAAAGAAAACACGUCAGUGUUGUGGUAGCGCUUUUUCUACUUUCUCAAGUCUUUUUGAUAGUAUCGCAUGAACCUCUUGUACAUACGUUAGCGACUGUAAUGCUCAUGUCCGAUUUAGAGACGAUUCAAGUUGGAACAAAUAGUGUUCUCGAAAAAUUUGGAGAUAUAAUAUCGAAUAAAUCUGUUACUUUCUCACUUCCGAAAGAAACAUUGAAAAAAUCUUGGGAAAUUUUAAAUGAAAUACGCUCAACAUCUAAAGAAUUGCAAGCUCGGGAAAGCAAUAUAAGAAAUAUAAAAGAAGUAGUUAAAAAUGCAAUUGACGAAUUGCAAGAAUUUCAUCACCCAAGCACGUCUUUUGACGAUACUUCAACCCCUAUAAAUACUCCUGUUCUUACGAAUACAUCAUUAAAUAUAAGUAAUUCAAGUGAAGAGGAUUUAGAGGAAAUUAAGCACGAAUUGAAUGUAACGGAUGAAGAAAAAGAACAACGUUUGGCAUUGGAGAGCCCUUUACCUCAUCAAAGUCAAAAUAACGUAUUUGAAUCUUUAACAAAAAAACCAUUUCUAGAAACAAUAACCAAUUCCUUAUUAUGUACAGAAAAUGAUUAUGCUGCAUUAUUCGCGCUUUGCUUAUUAUAUGCAUUAGCUAAUAACCAGGGUAUAAGUCCUAAAAUUCUGGAUAUAAUGUUAUCUCCAUUUCAUAAUAAUACGUCGACGAAAAAUUCCUAUAAUGAAUUACUCAUGGAUAGGUUGAUUCAUAUUAUAACUUUGAGUUGUCAAACAAAUUCCAAAGUGAGACUUGUUACAUUGGAAUUAACUAUCAAGCUAUUAACACAACUGACAGUAUCUGAAGGACAAUGUCUAUUACGAGAAUCGCAUCUAACAGUUAUUGAAGCAGCGAAAGAACAAAGCACAUCUCUGCUCAAAAAUUUUUACAAAAGCGAAGACAUUUUUUUGGACAUGUUUGAAGACGAAUACAGCGAAAUACAAAAACGACCAUUAAAUGUCGAAUGGUUAAUGAUGGAUAGCAAUAUUUUGUUGCCACCUACAGGCACACCUAUGACUGGAAUUGAAUUUAGUAAAAGGCUACCAUGUGGUGAGGUGGAAAGGGCGCGUCGUGCGAUAAGAGUUUUCUUUUUGAUAAGAGAAUUAUCUCUGAUACUCAAUAUGGAAGUGGAAACACAAUUACCACUGACUAAUCCAGCUAAUUGCGUACAAGUUAACAAUGUUCUUGAUCUAAAUAACAGUGAUUUGAUUGCAUGCACUGUCGUGUGGAAAGAUGGUCAGAAAAUUCGCCGUUUCUUAGUCAUUGAUGUUAUGCAAUUAAUUCUUGUGGAACCUGAUAUCAGUAAGCUUGGAUGGGGUGUUGCAAAGUUAGUUGGUUUUUUACAAGACAUUGAUGUGACCGGCGACAAGGACGAUUCAAGAUGUUUGUACCUGACAAUUUACAAACCAUUAAGUAACAGCACGGGCAAUCGUAUACCAUUGCUGUCGGCUAAAUUUAUUUUCGAUGAUCAUAUCCGAUGUAUGGCGGCUAAACAAAGGUUGACAAAAGGACGAAUAAAAGCAAGACAAAAGAAGAUGAAUCAGAUUGCAAGAUUGUUGGAUAUUCCAACGAGUAUAUCUCAUUGUUCAACACCACCCAAUUAUGCUUUGCGUAGUUUGCGACAUGAACGUAUAAUCGGACGUGGUCAGAGACUACAGAGAGAUCAAGCAAGACCGAUGUUUAUGGUAAAUAAAGUUCCUGGAUUUGCGGCACAAAUGCGUAGAGAGAAUAUUAAGCCGGUACAAUCGUCGAAUUCCAAACGUGAUGAUGCAAGUUCAAAUGAGAAGAUUCAUGAAAAUAGUUUGCGAUCUAGAGAUGCCUCUGGUUCACCUAAGAUGCCAAGACCGCGGAGCGAGGAAAUUCCUCUAGAAGAUAUGUGUAUUCGGAAAGCUUCUCUUACGUCCAAUGGACUAAAUGUAACGCACAUAUGUCCAGAAAGGAGGGACAGUCAAGGUGCUUGCUCGAAUAAUGAAUCCUCGUCUGUAAUUAGGAAACAUUCUGAAGAAACGUCUUUCACAUCUCCGCAAAGGCAAGAAUCAAAGCCACGUAGAAAAGGUCAAGUGGAAACUGUGUGAUUAAACUAGGCAAACUAGUGUAAUUCAAACUAAACGUAUCUUUAAAAAAAUCUUAAGAGGAUGAAUGAAAAUGUGUACAUGCCAUACUUCUAACUUAGCCAAAAAAAGCCUGCUUGACUAAAUUAAGAAAAAAAUUUAGUGUUUAUGAAUUUUAUCUUAUAACGAGUAAAAUUGUAGUUUUUAUGAUACUUUUAUCAAAUAUGUGAUAAUAAUAUCAAUGAAAGCUCUUAUGAUGACUAACACAGAAAAAAAUAAUGAGGUGGAAGCUAUUAAUAAUAUUGUCAUACUUUUCUUUGUGUUAGAAAUCACUGAGACUGCCCUUAUUUAUAUAGACAUAUCUCUUACAUCUUAAUUUAACUUCUAAAAUUUAUUUGCGCUACACUAUUCCAUGUAACUAUCACUUUAAUGGUAAAGAAAUCGUGCAACAAUUCUUGUAAUUAUUUCAUAUAUGUAUAUGUAUCCCUGUUUUGAGAAGAUUACAAUUUUUCUAUAUAAUUUGAAGAGUAAAGAAAGUUAUAUAAGGUUCUUUAGAUGAUAUUAAUCAUUUAUAAGUAAGAAGCAAAGCCUAUACUAGUCGAAGUCUAUCUGGAGUGCUUUAAAUAAUUUCAAAUGACUUGAUAUAUCACGUUUGUGACCGAAUUUGUAAAUUACCGAAUUGAUUUUUCGGACUUGGAAACGCAAUUGAACUACCAUAUAAGUAUCACAAAUAUAAUAUCACAAAUUAAAUUGAUUAGCAAUUUUAAUGUCAUGCUCAAUGACAUCAUUUUAAGAUGUCUUUCUUAAUGUAUUGAAAAUCUGUAAAUAAAUUUAUUACAAAAAAUAUUACCUCGGUCGGAAGUCAAACCCAGAUCUUUAGUAUUCUGUGCGAGCAAUUCGAGAUAUAAAUGUAUGGUAUAUAAAUUCACAUGAAAUUAUUUAAGCACUCAAGAUCUAGUUUCAACCAGUAUAGGCAUGUUUCUUAUUGUGUAUUCACAUUAUAUGAUCCUAGUAAAUCAUUUAUUAUUGUUUAAUCAUAUUAUAUUUUAAAUAAAUAAAAAUCCCUUCAAAAAUUAA